AUGGGAUUGCUGAACGGUGAACGGCAGGAGACGGCGCUGCCGACGGGGGAGGUGGUGAGGGCGCUGGAGGAUCCGGUGUAUUUCGUGGAGAACAUCGCGAACACGAUAUCGAGGGAGGCGGAGGCGGGGGCGAUCAUCGACGACCAGGAGUGGACCAAGGUGCUGAAAUCCGUCGACGUCGACAUCGGGUUGUUGCUCGCGUCUGUGGUGCUCAUCGUGCCGCUGUUCAAUCGCUUGAAGGUGAGCCCGGUUUUAGGGUUUUUGGGGAUCGGUUUGGUGCUCAAUCGCGCGGGAUUGUUCAUCGAGAAUCAAGAGGUGGAUCAGUUUUGCGAGCUCGGGAUUCAGUUUUUGCUGUUUGAGAUGGGUUUGGAGUUGUCGUCGAAGAAAUUGAGCGGUUUGGCCAAGUACGCGUUCGGUCUCGGGCUCACGCAAGUGCUGUUCGUGAACUUGGCUUUCGCUUCCGCGCUCUUACCCGCGGGUGAGGCGCUCGGGACGAAGGUUUUGGAGUUUAUCCAGCCCGGAAACGACGAAAUGUUGCAAGUGAGCUCGGUUUUGGAAGCCGUCGUCAUCGGUUUCGCGCUGUCGCUCUCGUCCUCGGCGUUCGGUUUGCAGCUCCUGGCCGAUCGUAAGAUGUUGACCACGAAAUUCGGCACCGCGAGCCUGGGAGUGCUGCUGUUCCAGGAUUUGGCGGUCGUGCCGUUCAUCAUCUUGUUGCCGGUGUUGCAGUCGUUCAAGAGCGGCGGCGCCGACGGCGGCGUCGACGUUCCCAUCCUCGCCGCGGGUGGUGCGACGUCUUUCCUCGAUCUCGGGGUCUUAGCGUUCGGUGGUCGACAACUCACUCUGCUCGGCUUCCGCGCCAUCUGCAGAGAAAAUUGUACGAACGACGUCUUCGUCGCCAUGUCGCUGUUGGUGCUCUUUGGAUUUAGCUUCGCCACGAGCGCGAUUGGAUUUUCCGAUUCUUUGGGCGCGUUUCUCGCGGGGAUCAUCCUCGCCGAUACGCCGUACUCGCACACAAUCAUUCGCGAGCUUCAAGCGUUCAAAGGUUUAUUCUUAUCUUUGUUCUUUGUCACCAUCGGUACCACGAUUGACUUUCCGCUAUUCCUCGACCUUUGGCCGAUCGCGCUCGCCAUGACGCUUACGCUGAUGGCGAGCAAGACGGCCGUCAUCACCGCUCUCGGUCCAGCGGUCGGUUUAACCUGGCGCGAAGCACUCGUCGCGGGGGCUUUUCUGUGUCAAGGCGGCGAAUUCGCUUUCGUGAUUUUCGGUCAAGCCACCUCUGGGUCGACGGGUUCGCUCUUCCCGAUGGGAUUGGACGAGCUUUUGGUCAUCGUCGUCAUCUUGUCCAUGGCGCUCACGCCGUUGGCCGUCGACGCGGCGUUGGCCAUCGCAGGUGCAGAUUUUAUGACGCCUGAGGCGACGGAGGACGAAGACGCGAUCGACGUCGCGAUUCAAGUCGAGGGGAACAUGGAAGCGCUCGACAUUGCGCGCAUGGGGAGCGAUCGCAUGGGCCAGUCGGUGGACGAGAGCGCGGACGGGGACAAGGUUUAA